CCGGAGCGGGGCGUGUCGCGGUGGGCGGGCUCCAGUGCGGUGCUGAUGCUGUCUCUUCAAUUCCACGGUUGCAGGUGGAACGACAGGGCUAGCUCCGUUCGCAUCUGGUAGCUGGAGAAGAAGAAAACACGGCAUUCUGACCUGCUUCACUCACUGGAUAACAAAAUAAGCGGCAUAUCCAGAUCAGGAAUAUUACACCUUUGAUGUCUGGAGAAUUAUCGAGAGGGAUUUCAGAAAGACACAAAUCCCUGACUGUGGGGACGAUGAGGGGACCCAGACCAGUCUAACCUGUGGUGGACCAACCAGAGGCUUCAGGAGAGGAAGGCUUUAACACCGCUGGCACCAUGAACAUACCCUGCUGUCCACGUGACACCAGACAGCUCUGACACACUCCUCCUCAGCGCUCUCUCUUCCUCCCCUUCUCCCCCCCCCCUUUCCCAAAAACGACAUCUAUAAAACACGCCCACAGAGACUGACAUACGUUUCCUAAAAAGCUACAUCUGGAUUCCAGGGGAUUUCUGUUUGGAAUAAGGAGUUGAGUUGGGGAACGGAACGCUGUGAUAAAAUUAUCGUAAUUCCCACUACCCGUCCGCUGGCCUCGUUUUUCCCAGUGAGUCCCAGAGGUACCAACCAAUGGAGAGACGGAGAAGAGAGUCAGGAUAAAGCAGCCAAGAAGUAAAGCAAAAAAAAUAAACUGCUGAGUCGGGCAGGGUUGGAAUCUGGAAUUGGAUCCUGUGAGGGUUUUGCUUCUCUGACGUAUCCCCCAGCCUAGAGGAGGAGUCUGCCUAGAAGGAAUCAGACAUAACAACUAUUGUUUACACUUAACAAAAACGAAACUACAGCAGCUGCAGCUGUAGCUAGUCUAGGCCGAGCUACGUCACUGUGUGGAGGAUUUGAACCAAUAGCAGGGUUAUUAGGAUUGGGAUUGUAACCAUGACGAGCGGAUUGAGGUUUUCCGCUUUGCCCAUGGGGCCCUUGGUGUUCCUCAGUCUGCUGGUGACGGCCCGGGCGCUGGAGUUCGGCGGGGCCCCCGGCCAGUGGGCCCGCUACGGGCGCUGGGAGGCGGGCUCGCUGGGUGAGCUGAGCUUCAGCCUCAAGACCAACAUCAGCAAGGCUCUGUUGCUCUAUCUAGAUGACGGCGGCAACUGUGACUUCAUGGAGCUCCUGAUCGCCGGAGGGCGCCUCCAGCUGCGCUUUGCCAUACACUGUGCCGAGCCCGCCACUUUACACAUGGAAACCCAGGUCAACGACGACCGCUGGCACAUGGUGCUCCUCACCCGCAACUUCCGCGAGACUCUGCUGAUGGUGGACGGCGAGACCAAGAUGUCGGAGGUCAAGUCCAAGCGGAAGGAGAUGGCGGUGGUAAGCGACCUGUUCGUGGGCGGCAUCCCGCCCGACGUGCGCCUCUCAGCCCUCACCUCCAGCACGGUGAAGUACGAGCCCCCGUUCCUGGGCCUGAUCUCCAACCUGAAGGUGGGAGAGACACCCCCCACCCUGCUCAACAGCCAGGGCAUCCAGAGUGACAUGGAGUACCUGUGCACCAAGCAGAACCCCUGCCUCAACGGAGGUUUCUGCUCCAUCCAGUAUGGCGAGGUACACUGUGACUGCACGCACACUCGCUACAAGGGGAAGUACUGCAAGGAAGCAGAAGAGUAUGCUGUUGAAGGUCUGGCGCACCUGACGUUAAACAACCAAGGGGACUCAUCGCAGGCCGGGAAGGAAGUGUCGGUGGCCACAUUCAAGGGGAACGAGUUCUUCUGCUACGACCUGUCACUGACGCCCAUCCAGAGCAGCACGGACGAGAUCACGCUCUCCUUUCGCACGCUGCAGCGCAACGGCCUCAUGCUGCACACGGGCAAGUCGGCCGACUACGUCAACCUGUCGCUGAAGAGCGGCGCCGUCUGGUUGGUCAUCAACCUGGGCUCGGGCGCCUUCGAGGCGCUGGUGGAGCCCGUCAAUGGGAAGUUCAAUGACAACGCCUGGCACGAUGUUCGCGUCACCCGCAACCUGCGCCAGCACGCAGGCAUUGGACACGCUAUGGUGACCAUAUCAGUGGAUGGUAUUUUGACCACUACUGGUUAUACCCAGGAGGACUAUACCAUGUUGGGAUCAGAUGACUUCUUCUACAUUGGGGGGAGUCCCAAUACUGCGGACCUGCCCGGAUCACCUGUCAGCAACAACUUCAUGGGCUGCCUCAAAGACGUGGUAUACAAGAAUAACGACUUCAAGCUAGAACUCUCCCGGCUGGCCAUCGAGCGGGACCCUAAGAUCAGCCUGAACGGAGAUCUUGUUUUCCGUUGUGAGGACGUGGCCGCCCUGGACCCCGUCACCUUUGAGUCCCCAGAGUCCUUCAUCGCCCUGCCCAAGUGGAACACCAAGAAAACAGGCUCCAUCUCCUUCGACUUCCGCACCACAGAACCCAGCGGGCUGCUCCUGUUUAGCCACGGGCGCACCCAGGGUCCUAAAGAGCAGAAACCAGGUCGUGACAUGAAGUCAGACUACUUCGCCAUGGAGCUGUUGGAUGGGUUUCUCUACCUGCUAAUGGACAUGGGAUCUGGGAGUAUCAAGCUGAAGACCAGUAAUAAGAAGGUGAACGACGGGGAGUGGUGCCAUGUGGACUUCCAGAGGGAAGGGAGGAAAGGUUCCAUCUCAGUGAACAGCCGCAGUAUCCCCUUCAACUCCAACGAGGGCAGUGAGAUCCUAGACCUGGACAGUGACAUGUUCCUGGGGGGUCUCCCAGAGACCCGCUCUGACCUGGUGCUGCCCCCCGAGGUCUGGACCGCCCUGCUCAAUUACGGCUACGUGGGCUGCGUCCGGGACCUCUUCAUCGACGGCAAGAGCCGCGACGUGCGCCGCCUGGCCGAGAUCCAGAGCUCCCCGGGCGUCAGCAGCUUCUGCACCCGCGAGCUUCAGAAGAGGUGUAGCAGCACCCCCUGUGGGAACGGAGGCCUGUGUAAAGAGGGAUGGAACCGCUACAUCUGCGACUGCACCGGCACCGGCUACCUGGGCAGCAACUGUGAAAUUGAGGCGACGGUGCUGAGCUACGACAGCAGCAUGUACCUGAAGAUCCUCAUCCCAGGCACCAUGCACACCGAGGCAGAGGACGUGGCGCUGCGGUUCAUGUCCCAGAGGGCCUACGGCCUCCUCAUGGCCACCACCUCCAAAGAGUCUGCCGACACCCUGCGGCUAGAGCUGGACGGUGGCAGGGUCAAGCUGACCGUCAACCUAGAUUGUAUCAGGAUAGACUGUAACCUCAGUAAAGGCCCCGAAACGGUCUUCGCCGGCCAAAAGCUCAACGACAACGAGUGGCACACGGUGAAAGUGGUACGCAGAGGAAAGAACCUCCAACUCUCUGUGGACAAUGUGACGGUAGAAGGCCAAAUGACAGGGGCCCACACCCGUCUGGAGUUCCACAACAUUGAGACGGGCAUCAUGACAGAGCGCCGCUUCAUCUCCGUGGUGCCCUCCAACUUCAUCGGUCACCUCCAGGGCCUGACGGUCAACGGUGUGCCCUACCUGGACCAGUGCAAGAACGGCGACAUCUCCUACUGUGAACUCAACGCUCGCUUCGGCAUGCGCCACAUCAUCGCCGAUCCGGUGACGUUUCGAACGAAAGCGAGCUACCUGGCGUUGGCUACUUUGCAGGCCUACGCCUCCAUGCACCUCUUCUUCCAGUUUAAGACCACCACGUCGGAUGGCCUGUUGCUCUUCAACUCGGGGGAUGGCAGCGACUUCAUCGUCGUGGAGCUGGUCAAAGGUUACGUCCAUUACGUCUUUGACCUCGGCAACGGACCGUCACUGAUGAAGGGCAACUCGGACAAGCCGCUCAAUGACAACCAGUGGCACAACGUGGUGGUCUCCCGGGACGCCAACAACGUGCACACGCUCAAGAUCGACUCCCGCACCGUCACCCAGCACUCCAAUGGAGCCCGCAACCUGGAUCUCAAAGGGGAGCUGUACAUCGGUGGCGUGGGGAAGAGCAUGUACAACACUCUGCCCAAGCUGAUCGCGUCCCGGGACGGGUACCAGGGCUGCCUGGCCUCAGUGGACCUCAACGGGAAACUACCAGACCUGAUCGCAGACGCCCUCCACAGGAUGGGCCAGGUGGAGCGAGGCUGCGACGGACCUAGCACCACCUGUACGGAGGACUCCUGCUACAAUCAGGGGGUGUGUCUCCAGCAGUGGGAGGGCUUCUCCUGCGACUGCACCAUGACGUCCUAUGGAGGCUCCUUCUGUAGCGACCCUGGGACAACCUACAUCUUCGGGAGAGGAGGAGCCCUCAUCACGUACACCUGGCCCCCCAACGACCGGCCGAGCACGCGGGCAGACCGGCUGGCGGUGGGCUUCAGCACGCAGCUCAAGGAGGCCGUGCUGCUCAGGGUGGAGAGUGCCAAGGGACUGGGAGACUACCUGGAGCUGCACAUAGAACAGGGAAGGAUCGGCGUCAUCUUCAACGUGGGAACGGAUGACAUUGUCAUCGAGGAGAGCGCGGUGAUGGUGAGCGACGGCAAAUACCACGUGGUGCGCUUCACACGCAGCGGUGGCAACGCUACCCUGCAGGUGGACAGCCAGCCCGUCAUCGAACGCUUCCCCUCAGGUCGACAGUUGACCAUCUUCAACAGCCAGGCGUUCAUCAAGAUCGGUGGUGGUGGCGGCGACAAGGCCCGUCACUUCCAGGGCCAGAUCUCGGGCCUCUACUACAACGGGCUGCAGGUGCUCAAGCUGGCGGCCGAGGGCGACCCCAACGUGCAGGCCCAGGGCAACCUGCGACUGGUGGGCGACGUGCCCUCGGUGCUCACCACAGACACCACCAGCACCACGCCGCUGGCCGACAUGUCCACCACCAUCAUGGAGACAACCACCACGAUGGCUACCACCACCACCCGCAAGCAGCGCUCACCCACCAUGAGAGACAGUGUCACACAGAACACGGAUGACAUAUUGGUAGCGUCUGCUGAGUGUCCCAGCGAUGACGAGGACUUGGAGGAGUGUGAGCCUGGAAAUGGAGGUGAAUUAGUGUUGCCCAUUAUAACUGUGGACUCCCUAGACCCCCCCUACGCCACCCGCUACCCCGUAAUCCCCCCGCCCCCCACCUACCGCCCCUUCCUCGAAACCACCAAAGAAUCCCUCCCCUUGCCCAAGGCCGCCCCCUGCCCACUGGAUCAGGAGGACUGCGAGGAGGCGGGACCCAUCGAGGUGUCCGCCUACGGCUCGGGCGAGAUGACCGAGUCGGACGAUGAGGACUAUUACAAAAACUCCCCCUCGUCACCGAUAGGACGGUCCUCCCCCUCCCCCAACGAGGGCAGCGUCCAGAACCCCGCGACCGCCACUUCUCCAACCGGCCCCCAACUCCCACCGCCCCCCUUGUCGUCCACCCCCACGGCCAACCCUGACCAGCUAGGCCCCAGGCUCAACAAGCCAGGCGGCAGCAGCAGCAACAUUCCUGCCGGCAAGAUGAACACCCGGGAUCAGGUGCUGCUGCCACCCACCCACCCCUCCUCCGACCCUGACCGCCACCGCCAUGCCCCAGGCGUAACCUACCCUCCCAAUUUCCCCCAUGUGCCCACCCCAGACCCCACAUCCCCGGAGAGAGGAGGGCCUCCCGGCGCGGUAGAGGUGAUCAGGGAGUCCACCAGCACCACGGGCAUGGUGGUGGGCAUCGUGGCGGCCGCCGCCCUCUGCAUCCUCAUCCUGCUCUACGCCAUGUACAAGUACCGUAACAGGGACGAGGGCUCCUACCAGGUGGACCAGAGCCGUAACUACAUCAGUAACUCGGCCACGCAGAGCAACGGCACCCUGGUGAAGGAGAAGCAGCCAGGCACAGCCAAGACAACCAUCAAGAACAAGAAGAACAAAGACAAGGAGUACUAUGUCUGAGACCGGCCUAGCCAGAGACAGAGGACGAAAGGAGACGCACAGAGAGAGGGAGGGACGGAGAGGAGGAGAGAGGGAAGAGUUGAAGGUAUAGGUAGGAGAGAGGCACUAGAUGAACUGACAACUGUAGAGUAAUGAGUCAAAUCUUUGUUGGCAGAGUUUUAUUUUGUUUAGUAUAGAGGUAACCUUACUGACAAAAUGACCUCCUAGCUUUCCUUCUCAACCCAUUUAGAGUCUAAAGCAGAGAGAUAGAAGAUGAGAUUGGCAAAGAAACAUAUUUAAUUAGAUCUACACAUACUCAUUUUUAACCACAGUUAUUACAAAAAACGUGUGGUAUUUUUCUCCAUUACAGUAAUAUUAUUUUCUCACAUGGCCGUAUA